AUAGUGGGAGCGAGCGAGAGGCCGAUAGAUAGAUACAGAGAGAGAGAGAGACACCUGAAAUAUCAGUUUUCAGCUGAUAUUUAUUUGCCCAGAAACACGAUUACGACGCGCAUUCAUUGCCGAGGCGCAUGGCGUUACGGGUUUUCGCGUUGGCUGCCAGCGUGUGGCACACAGUCGGGCACAAACGCCGCGAUGUCCGGCAGCCUGCAUCGCCGGCUGCGCUGUUGCCUGCUCGGCAUUAUGACUCUCUUGGCCAUGCAGUUUGUGAUUCUCGUUUUGGUUGUGCGCCUUGGCCUUAUCGAUGAAUUAAUCAGCCGUCGCUUGCUUUUGCAGCAGCAGCAGCUAAGCCUACAUCAACAUGAAUGGCAAGACUUUGUUACGCAUACGCCCGAUCAGCCACAUGCAUUUUAUCAAUACAAUCGCCAGCUAAGCGACAAUUUAGCAGCAGUCCGUCUGCUGCCCACGACGCGACAUGAAAGUUGCAACAGGCGUCGCUAUGCGCUGCCCCACGCUAGUCUCGCCAAGCUGAGCGUUGUGAUUAGUUUUCAUAAUGAGGCGCGUUCCAUGCUGCUGCGCACGAUCUUGACGCUGAUCAGUCGAACGCCGCAGGAGUAUCUGCACGAGCUCAUUGUCAUAGACGAUGGCAGCGAGGAUGUCGGCCUGUUGGCGAGUCUCGAGCGGCACUUGACCGCAGCCUAUGCUGAGCGAGGGCGCCCCCGACUCAUCUUUAGUCGAAAUCUGAACCGCAAGGGCCUGAUUUGGUCACGCAACGAGGGCGCUCGUUUGGCCAGUGGCCAUUAUUUGCUGUUUCUGGACAGUCACUGUGAGGUCAACGAUGGCUGGCUGGAACCCCUGCUGGAGAGGCUGACGCUGAACUCAAGGCUUGCGGUCAGCCCGCUGCUGGAUCCCAUUGAACCCGAGACCUUGAGCUACAUGGCAGGGAAUGAGCUGCUGAAAGGCGGCUUCGAUUGGAGCCUACACUUCCAUUGGCUGCCCCGGGUGCUGGCUGACAAGGAGACGCUGGCGCAGCCAUAUACCAGCCCUGUCUUUGCGGGUGGCAUCUUGAUGAUCUCACGCGAGUCGUUCCGCAAGCUGCACGGCUUCAAUCCGCACUUGGAGAUUUGGGGCGGCGAGUCCAUUGAGCUGGCCAUUAAGUUGUGGCUUUGCGGCGGACAAAUUGAGAUCGUGCCCUGCAGUCGAAUUGGACAUAUUUUCCGAGCAGCCCAUGCCUUUGAGUUUCCGCCUCAGUACGACCAGGAGCAGGAGCUGGAGCAGGAGCUGCAGCAACUGGGCAGCGCACAAGCGACAUAUUUGCGCAACUCAAAAAUCAUAGCCGAGUCCUGGCUGGACGAGUACAAAUAUUUGUUCUACGCUCUCAAACCGUCGGCCAGAGAAAUUCCAUUGAAUCUCCGCCCCGUUUCCACCUACGAUCCGGCACAGAUAAAAGCUGAGCUGAAGUGCCAGCCUUUCGACUGGCUCAUGCGACAUGUGAGUCCCGAGCUGAGGUUGCAGCACGCGAACCUCAGCGCUCUCGGCACCUUGCGCAAUGCAGGCCGCUGUCUGCAUGUGGCAGGCACAGUGCCGCAGCUGCAACUGCUGCUUACCAGCUGCCAUAGCCUGCAAGUCACGCAGUGGCAUUUGCAUCACGAAAGCGGGCAGCUGAGCACAGAGCAGAGACUCUGCCUAGCAGUUGAUGCUGCAGCAAAGCAACCGCAGCUGAGCUUAGAGCCCUGCCGUGCCGGACAGACCGGGCAGCAUUGGCUGCGACGCAACACACAGUUGCAGCAUGCUCGGACGCAUCUUUGCCUGGAUAAUCCGCUCAAGGAUCAGCUACUGCUGAGCCGUUGCCGACCACAUGCGGUCUCCCAAUCAUUUCAAUUUGCAUUGGAAAUGGAGGCACAAAGCUAAACCCGUUAAUGUCCUGCAGAUUGAGCAGCAGUCGCUGGGCCGUUGGCAACUAAUCAAAACGUUGGCUUGUUGUGCUAAUCUCUGUGAAAUAUUUCCGUUGCCUCAGCCGCCAUAGUUUAUCGCCAGGGGAAGCUUUAAAUAAUGGACGGACAGACAGAGAGAGGGGGAGGUCAGGAAGAGGGAGAGGGAGAGUGUUUUUGUACAGUCUACGUUUUGCUAUCAAGACUUCGCACGCUUCCUGUCGCAUCCGUCACACGCGACAGCACACAAUGGAGCUGCAGACAGAUAAAAGACAACAACGGACCGCGUAUUGUUUAGAAGUCUACGGCAUCAGUCAACUGCCCGAACAAUGCGA